UAACCUUAUAGUUCGUGACAAGCAAUUUUCGGUGUUAUUUGAUCGUAUUAUAAGUCCAAGUGAUAGUAAAAAAAUAAUUAUUUAUUAAAAUGGAAUGUUUAAUUGGUAUUCAAUUUAAAGAUUUUGUGUUAGUUGCGGCUGAUAUGACUACAGCUCAAUCCAUUAUGGUUAUGAAAAAUGAUGAAGAAAAGAUUCAUAAAAUGUCUGAUAAGCUUAUUAUGGCAGUAUCAGGAGAAUCUGGAGAUACUACACAAUUUUCAGAAUACAUAGGGAAGAAUAUACAACUUUAUAAAAUGAGAAAUGGUUAUGAAUUAUCUCCAAAAGCAGCUGCAUUAUUUACUAGAAGAAAUUUGGCAGAUUAUCUUAGAAGUAGAACACCAUAUUUUGUCAAUUUAUUAAUGGCUGGUUAUGAUGAUAAUACUGGACCAGAAUUAUACUUCAUUGAUUAUUUAGCAUCAUGUGUUAAGGUGCCUUAUGCAUCACAUGGUUAUGGAGGCUUUUUCUCUCUUUCUAUUUUGGAUAGAUAUCAUAAAUAUGAUUCAACAGAAGAAGAAGCAUAUACACUAAUGAAACGAUGUGUUAGGGAAAUACAUAAGAGAUUGAUAGUUAAUCUUCCAAACUUUAAGAUACAAAAAGUAUCUAAGGAAGGUAUAAAAGAAUUGGAACCUAUCACAGCAAAAAAUUUGGCAAUAGAAGAUGCCGAUAAAGCAUAACGUAUUUGUUUUUAUUUACAUUAUUUGUAAUAUUAUCAAUACAAGAAAUAAAGAUAUUAAAAGUA